CGGCGGCGGCGUCGGCGUCGGCUGCUCCCAACGACGCUUGGCCAGUGCAAGAGCGACAGUUGAGCGCGAGCGACGCGCCUGUCCAGUUCGUAGUCGGAUCGGCCAUGCUACGUGUUGUCGUCGUGUUAUCUGCGCUGCUUUGGCUCUGUUUAAGCAGGUGCUGCUGCGGCUAUUACAGCCUCCAGGUGGCUGAUUCCUGUCCGACACGUGGAUAUCUAAGCAGCUGCCAGCCAGCCGACCAGUGCUCGACGCUGGCACAGUUCAUCGAAAGUGGCCGGCUGUCGGCCGAUGCGGUGCUUAACUGUGGCUAUACCACGACCGGGGAGAAGAUUUGCUGUCCCCGCAAAGAAGGCAACAGCACGAAUCUGCGCUUCUCAGCCAGCGAAAGCAGAGACAACGAUACCCAAGCCACGACGCCGUCCUGGCUGAACAUAUUUAGGACCGAUCGAGAGUAUUUGGUGACCACGCCAGCGCCAGUUAGUUCGUCAAGCAUCGUAUUUCCGGACAGAGUCACAGGGACGGGCGCCGCCUGCCAGACGCCGCUCUACCAGGGCAAAUGUGAGGCCGUUUCCGAUUGCCAGAGCCUGGUGCCGCUGCUGCAGCAGCGCCGGCUGCGCGAUGAGGAUGUGCAAACAUGUCGCGACGGGACCAUCGAGGAGAUCAUUUGCUGUCCCACCAAUCUGCCGCUGCACGCGAUUGGCCAGGUGGGCGCUGAAACGCGUUUGGGCACAACUGCUGACGAUGAUGCGGCGGCCAUAGCCAAGGCCGUGGAGCUGUUGCCGCAUUACACGCAUCUGGCUGCGCUGGCGUAUCCGAAUGCCGCCUUCGAUGGACAUGUGCAUCGUUGCACGGCGUUAACCCUGACGCCGCAGUUGCUGCUCAGCGCCGCCGGCUGUGGGCAUGCCAGUCAUGCGGUCUUUGGUGUGGCGGAUAUGCGCGAUGUGGACGAAGAUGAGGACUAUCUGGUUGAUAUUACACGCGUGGAUACGUAUCGUCAGGACUUGGCGCUGCUGCGCUUGGCCCAGCCAAUGCCACUGGAUCAGCCGAAGGCUCCGCAUGCCACUCUGGCCCCCAUUUGCAGCCAGUUCGAACUGACGCGCCUCCAGGUCAGCGGACAGCUACUGGCCAGCGCGUGGGGCAUGGGCAAUGGCAGCGAUUGUCCGCUCUAUGAGCUGCCCAUGCGCCUGCUGAGCUCGGACGCGUGCAGGGACAUUGGCAAAUUGUCUGCGGUUCAGGAUUUGCCGUCGUCGCAUCUGUGCCUGGCGCCACGUGAUGUCGCCGCGCUGAGCGCCAGCAAUGCCAAUUCAUGUGCUCCAUGUCCGGCUGUUGUUGGCAGCGUGCUCCAUUUGCGUCGUCCCAGCGGCAGCCGUUGUGUGCUGGCCAUUGCCACGCCCACGGGCGGCAAAUGCAAUGCAGAGGCAAUGUAUUUUACGAGUCUGCUGGAUACACGGCUCGUGCACUUUGUCGAGCAGCAGCAACAACAAUACCAACAACAACAACAACAGCAGCAGAAGAGACAGCCAAGGAUGCCAAAAUGAAUUCGAUUUUAACGUGUUUCCACUGCACUGCAGCCAGAAGCUGCUUUCCAAAUGUGAUUAGUUUAUUCGUUAGCGUAUAAUAUAUAUAUAUUAUAUUAUAUUAUAUUAUUAAGUCUAAGAAAACGUACAUUUUGUAUGUGUACUUGUAGCAUAUUCAGAUGUAGACACUUAUAAAUUAUAUACAAACUGGUUUCCAGUGCAU